CCGCCUUUAUCUCCGCUCUACUUUCCUAUUCUCGCUGUCGUUGCUGCAUAAGUAGCAAAAAGCUCCGUCUAGCAAGCUACCUCACGAUGUCGUCUGCAAACCAUCGCAGCCACUAUUGGGAAUCCUCGACCACUAACCGCUCUAAAUCUCAAUCAUCAUUGUGAUAUUCUCCGCCGCUAUUUUAUCUCACCGACGAAUCAGUGUCUACGAUUGUGGUGACGCUGUUACAGUGUCUUGGUCAAAGUGUAUGUCAGUUUGUCAGGCCCAGAUCGGUAGAAAAUCCACCGCUGUAAUAACACUAUAUUGCUGCAAAACUUGUGAUUUUUGCUUAGUCAGCCGCCGCCGCCGCACUUUGAACUCGCCGAAAUCGUCUAUUCAGCAUCGAGAUGUCUUCCGCUGGCAGCGGUGCUACUUCAGCGGUUGACGAGGUAAUACAGCAGUUUGCGACGAUUACUGGCGUUGAGUCGGAUCGGGCACGGUUCUACCUCGAUUCAGCCGGCUGGGAUCUCAAUCUAGCGCUUUCAUCUUUUUACGAGGAUCUUCCGGAAUCGGUCAAUCUUGACGGAGAAAAUCCUAUCGUUCCGUCUGUAGCCUCUCGGCCCAACGUGGAAGCCAUCUCUGCGACAAAGCCUCCCACUGAUCUUGCGCAAAACAACAUGUCACGCGCCAAAAAGACCGGUGAAAGUAACACAAAAAAGCCCGCCACAAGUUUAAAGAAGCGUGGUGCGAACGACAGGCAAAUCCGCACAUUCCGCGACCUCAACAACGGAUCCGGGAGUUCCGACAGUGAAGAGGAGGGCCAGAGAUUUUUCGCUGGGGGUUCGGAACACAGUGGCCAACAAGUACUCGGUCCGCCGGGAAGGAAGAAGCUUGAUGCCAACGAACUCGUACAGAGCAUUUUCGAGCAGGCGCGCGCACAUGGAGCCACGGUAAGUGCAGCCGAACACGAGCCCCGUGCCACGCGGUUAGCUUUUUCCGGCGUGGGCUUCCGACUGGGCGCUGACGAGCAGCAACCGCUACAAAAGUCGUCAGGCACAAGUGGAGCUCCCGGCAGCGGUGUUGCAAGUCAGGACUCGAAUGUGGCAGGCGGAUUUCCAGUUUCAGUUGAUAUCAGCUUGUGGCAUGAUGGUUUCACCGUUGACAAUGGCCCGCUUCGUCGAUACGACACUCCUGAAGGGAAGGAGUUUAUUGACUCCAUCAAGAGCGGGGUGAUUCCGCCUGAGCUAUAUAGCAUGGCAAAUAGCGGCGAGGUGAGUGUGGAUCUGAAUGACCGUCGCUAUGAAGAAUACGUUCCACCUAAACGCAUGACAAAAGCUUUCACCGGCGAGGGUCAUCGGUUAGGCAACGUCGAACCCGCCGUGGUCCCGCCGAAACCCGAAGGGGCCUGUGCUGAUCUGGCGGCUUGCGAAGCGCAGGCAUCGCGCGAAAUCAAUCUUGACGAAUCCAAGCCAACGACGAAUAUUCAGAUUCGUCUAGCUGAUGGAAGUCGUUUAAUUGCUAAGCUGAACCAUUCGAACACAAUCGAUGACCUCAGACGCUACCUUGUAACUGCCCGACCACAGUAUGCAGCGAGUACGUUUGUUCUAAUGACAACUUUUCCCAACAAGGAGCUCACUGAAGGCGCUCAGAGUCUAGCGGAUGCUAAACUUCUUGGCGCCGUGGUUGUCCAGAGGCUGAAAUAGAAGGUCCUUGAGUAGACUUGUUUCAUGCCAGUGGCGUAAAAAUCUUUGCAAAGAGUUCCCUAAAAAUUUUUGGUGCCUCAUAACCGUCCAGUGACGGGCGUUGGUCACUUUCGUAACCUACAAUGUUUCUUUGCGACCUACCCUUAACACACAAACGAAACAAAGAUAACGUAUACCUGUUAUGUGUGUGAAAUUCCCUACAUUUUUUUUGUGUACAGAUUGCUGUUAUCAAGUUCAUUACUCUGUAGGAAACUUGCACACAAAUACACAUUGAAGUCGUUUUCUGUGGUGCGAAACAGGAAAAAAGGCGAGGGUCAUUUUAUUAGGCACCAUUUUGAGAGUAGAUGUAAAAAUUAUGGAAAUUAGAUUAAUCAAGAGAAAACGACGAAUGAGGGCAGCCACAGAAGGUCUCACAGUUCGUUUUACAUAGACCUAAACAAGCUUUCCCCCUGGAACAAGGGGAGUCUCAUCUGGACUUCCGCCAUUGAGUAGAUGAGAUGCACUUAAUGUUAAUAACAAUAACAAGAACAUAUAUAUAUAUAUCAUAUGAGAAUAGAAAUACUACGUAAAAAGGAAUAAACAGGAAAAAAGAAUGACAAAAGACGCAAAUUGCAAGACAAGGAAGGCAUCGCUGACACGACGAGGCUCAUUUUAACCAUCAGCUGAACAAUUGCAUAUAACGACAAGAGAGUAAUUAACAAUCAUAUUGAUAAUAAUCAUAAUAAAUAUGAUAAAUGCUGAUGAAGAACAUUGAUUAGUAAAAGUAUUUUUUAUGGAUAGUACUAGAAGCUUGACGAACAGAGGUGCGAGACGUAUUGUUGUGCGUGUCCGUAUUAAUAACCUUUUUGGGGCAACCAACUACCGGUGCUACUGUAUGGGGACGUGGGAGAAGCGUGAUGUUCGCAUACUUUCACUGAAACGAACACAAUUGGUCAGAAUGAGAAAAACAUUAAUAUUAAUAGUAAAUAAAUAUUAAUCAAAACAUAUAAAAAAUAAAUAGAUGAUACUCCUCAAAAAAGCGUCUACGAGUCUUCCGUCUUUAUUUAUUCUUUUCGAAGAAUAUUCGAAGAGAAAAAUAUUUUCAAUAUUGAAUCUGUUUCAUUUUCAUUAUUUACACUUUAUUUACACAAAGAUGCAAUCUAAAUCCACUCUUCAGUAGUUCGAUAAUAAAGUUAUUGUAAAUGGCAAGAAGACUAUCUUUAUAAACAAGCAAAGUUACAAGCUAAUUCCUCUUCAAUAACUGUAGCUGUACAAGAAAUAAUAAGAGCUGUAUAAGAAAUGCUGAUUUUUUACCUUAGAUAUGUUGUAAUGAUUUUGUGUUGUUUAUUAUCACAAUGUUUUUACAUCCACCAAUAUUUAUACUCGAAAUUGCGUAUCUUAUAUACAGAGUCUAUGUAAAAUACUGUGGUCAAUAAAAAAUGCUAAUAGUUCGGAAUUUCUUUUCGCUCCUCAAGUCUUGCCGUAUGGAUUUUUAUUAUUAUAUAGUGCUGAACACGAUAACCUCUGUGAUUCCAAAAACUCGAUCGUUGUUUCAGUACGUGGAAAAUAUUCUCUUUCAUUAGUCGACAGACUAGAAUGCGAAGUGAUAGAUAGUAGUAAUAUUCAACGAGCGAAAAUGUAAUUACACUUUGCAAUUGACUUAAAUAUUUGCAUUGUUCAGAUAUUGUUGUAAUCACAGUUAAGGCUCACUAGUUGACAGUUUUUUCAAUCUCCAUACUAUAUUCACAAUGUAUAUUAUAACAUGUUAAACGUUGCUUAAAAAUCGUGUCACCCUAUUUUUACUAGGGAAUUUUACUAAUACAAAUCCUUGCGUACGUUGGAACCUUAUAUAGGUUACCUUAUCCAUGUGUUCCUGAGCAUAUAAUAUCUGAAUGAUUAACUUUUAUGCCGAAGGUUUUAAAACAUAGCACGGUCACGUCUGAUGAGCAGCUGCAUACUACUAUUGUGCACCCAAAUGCCUUUUACGAGUGUGUUAGCUCAAAAAAGUUCUCGUACUUCGUAAAAUUUGUUUAUUUAGACUUAUUUACAAAAGUCGCUUUUAUGUACGAAUAUCAAGUACAUUAUAGAAUAAUUAUGUCUAUUUUUCCACGACCAACGUCUACUUUUUAAUCAAAAUACCUUAUAAAAAGUCUUACAAAUCAGGAUAAUUUUCCUAUCGCUUCAAUAUUAAUGCUUAGCAGUUUCGGUUCCCAUAAACCAAUCAGUCUUUUUGUACUUGUCAAAAUAUCUCGGAAGAAACUCUACAUUUUAUGCAUUCUUUAUGAUAAGCCAAUGCCUAUCCGCAAGUAGAAGGGAAACUACUUGAGGAAAUGUAAUUAAAUGCCUUAUACGUAGAUAAAUGCCUCUAUAGAUAAAAGAAGUACAUAGAUAACAUUUACAGAUUUAUUUCUCUGUGUCGAUCGUUCUCAUGAAUACCAUUAGUAGAUAGGAUUUGCAGAUUCAUGAGGCUGAUGGAAAGAAACAGGGCAGGUUUAAAGCAACCGACGCAUGAAAUCUUUAGUAAACUACUAAAUUUAGUUCAAUUUUUAUUCGCACAGAAGCGCUUCAUAUCAUGUAAAAAUUUUCGAUUGCCGGUACGUUCUAUCUAGUAUUACUUGUAUGCUUUUCAUUAGCAGUUGAUCGUUUGCCCUUAUUAAAAAAAGGCAUGCCGACAAGAACUACAACCCUGCUUCGGUCCUAGUUGACCCACUCGGGCAUAGAUAGCUCUGGCAGAGUUAUUUUUACCCUUU